GAGUGGGGUUACGGCCCGGGCGGCGGGAGCAAGGUGGCCGAGAGUGACGGGCCCUCCGCGGGUGCCCGCAGCUCCGGCCCGGCGCCAUGUCAGUGUCCCGGAACCUGCGUACCGCGCUCAUUUUCGGCGGCUUUGUCUCCCUGGUCGGCGCCGCCUUCUACCCCAUCUACUUCCGGCCCCUAAUGAGGCUGGAGGAGUACCAGAAAGAACAAGCUAUAAAUCGGGCUGGUAUUGUUCAAGAAGAUGUGCAGCCACCAGGGUUGAAAGUGUGGUCUGAUCCAUUUGGCCGGAAAUGAGACUGCCACUGAGUCUGAUUAUAAAAGUAGACAUGAUUUCAACUCCGUCAAGUAUGCUAAUCACCCCACUGUAGAAGAUAACUGGAGAGGAAAGCUGGAAUGCCAUAUCAGUAAGAUCACUUGUAAUCAAAGACUGUGCACACGGCUUGAUGCUUCCCUGCUUCAGUACCAAGAGACCCCUAGAACAGAUGACACCAUCAGGAAGGGUCUCAUGAUUCCGCUGCCUUUCCACAAAUGGAGCUGGCUUGCAAGGCUGUUUUUAGACAGUCUUUAUCACUUACUGAGCUGUGACAGGAAUAUAAGCAACCUGGGGGCUUAAGGGCUACGCCUGUUUUGCCACCUUCUAAAUAAGAUAUUUCAGUGAAAACCCACCAUGCUGAGCUGCCUCCCAGGACUGUUUGAGGACAAGGUACUUCGUGCUGUUUAGGAAGACACAGUUCAGCUUGAGCAUCUCUUGUUGAAGAUCACUCCAUGUUGGAAAAUAAAUCAAUAAAGCAAAUCAAACUGGACUGUUCACAUGCCCAGUAGAAACCAGUGGUGAAUUCCCAGCAGUGAGAAUAUGGAUAGUAAAAUGAUUUGUUUUUACUUCAGUGUUGACUGUCAUCUUUGUAAACUACAAUACCAAGAAGUAUUAUUUGACUAGAUGAUGUUUGGUGGAUAUUUGUAUAGUGUUCCUGUAUUUGCAUACAAGUAAACAUUUUAGAGGUAAAUGGUGCGAUGUUUGCUAUAAUGAACACUGAAGGGCCAGUUCUCUACCAGGGAAUUAACACUGCCCUUCCCUUUGCUCUUCCUGGCCCUCACCAGAUCAUACGCUUCUGGAGAGACAUAUUUUUCAUUUUUAUAUCACAGUGCCUUGAAUUAGAUGAGCUGCUUGGUGACAUAAUUUAUUAUUGUGAACCUAGCAUUUUCUUAACAGACAACUUGCCCAAUUAUGUAAUUACAGUUAAAAAGAAGUAAGAUUGAUAGUUCCAAACCAAAGUCACCAGUUUUGAUAGGCAUUCUCUAACAUUUAAUUGACUUACAGUUAAUAACCCAAUAGAGGAAGUUGCCUAAUUAGGGGUGCAUUUGCCCACAGUUUUCAUUGGAAGGGGCACAAAGAAGUUACAAAACUUAAACUUCUGCAGAUGCUUUUUUUAUGACUGAGUCAAGUGUGUGGUAACAUCUGCUUUGGAAGAUGUCCAGGCUGAGAUGACUGAGUUCUGUAAGGGAGAACUGUGGGGCCUCAAGUGACUGCUGAGGGAACACACCCAGAUUGCCUCCUGAGUAGAAUCUUUGUCCUGGGUUUGGCCCUCUUUACAAAGAUAAAGGGGCUGUCAGUGCUGCUCAGUUGUUUUAAUGUGUAUGACAGGAUCACCCUUUGUGUUGUCAGGUGUGUAACUUCGGUCUGCUGUGCACACUUGACAGAAGCCAAAUCAUAAGACACCCAGCUCCUGAGGGUUGACUGAAGGUCUCUCAGGUCUGGAGUCCCAAGGACAGUAAUAGAAGCACUUUUAGGAAACAAGAGUUCCAAGGUUGGUUAGGUUUAUUGGGGUCCAAUUUGAUGAUUUCCAGGAGAAGAUAACAAAUCCCAAAUAUAUUGGAUCACACAGUCCUUUCCACAGCUUGCCUGUGGGACUUGUGACUAGCAAUGGCCUUUUGGGGAAACAUUUUGGUCUCAAGAUGCCUAUACACUUAAAAAAUUUUAGGAACUCCAUUGUGAUUCUG